UUUGGACGGGUGUUGAAGUAGGAUGUGAGGAUCGUGAAAUCGAAUAGCUUCAGGUGCGCUGGACCUCUACAGUCCCACAGCGUCGGACACGAACUGUUGAUACUCAGUAGCAUAAUACUCCCCGUGUGGUGUGAAGUGCGGAGAUUCCCGAACCAGUGCAUGACGUCACGGGUCGGUGCUCCGGACGGCGCGGCUGCCGGUGGUGCGGUGUGUGUGACGUCAGAGUGACGUGUAUAGCCGUGCGGUCGGUUCGGAGGCGCGGCGCGGCCGCUGUUGUUGGUGUGGUGUUGUGGCAGCGGCGGUGAGCAGAGAGCACCGCCGUCAUGAUGACCCAACUGGUGGACAUCGAGGGUGGAGAGCCCGCAGCCACCGUGGUCGUCUCAAUCAAAGGGAUGACAUGUCAGUCCUGCGUGAGGAAGAUCGAGGGCACGGUGGGCGACAACGCCGGCAUCCACUCGGUCAGCGUCUCACUGGCCGAGGAGAGCGCCACAGUGACCUUUGACCCCCAGCUGACCUCGCCGGCGGGUAUCUGUGAGAUGAUUGACGGCCUGGGUUUCGACGCCUCGCUGCCUGCCAGCGGUGCUGCCGGCACCUCUCCCGGCGGCGGAGGCGGCGGAGGGGACGUCCCCAGCAGCACGCGCACCGUCCACCUCUCCAUCAGCGGCAUGACGUGCCAGUCGUGUGUGCGGAAAAUCGAGCGGACGGUGGCCGAGCGGCCGGGCGUGCGGCGCGUCUCCGUGGAUUUGGCCGCCGCCGUCGGACAGUUUGAGGUGGUCGGUCCGAUCAGUGACCAGCAGCUGGUGGAUUGGGUGAAGGAGCUGGGCUUCGGCGCGCAGCUGGCCACCGAACUCGAGUGCAGGAUGACCAUUGAGAAUAUGAGCUGCCAGCGGUGCGUCAACAACAUCGAGGGAAAGGUGUCGGCAGAGUCGGGAGUCAUCCGAGUGAAGGUUUACCUGGAUGAGAAGGAGGGCGUAAUCGCCUACAACCCGCAACUGACCACGCCGGCCGCCCUGGAGAAGUUCGUCAACGCCAUCGGCAAGUUCAGGGCCACGCUGAAGACAUCCGGCGGAGACGCUACGGUUCUGUCGAACGGCUCUCCGGCCGACCAGCCGGCAGUCCUGCAUACAGACAGCUCGACCAACCCUCUGCUGAGUCCGGACCGGGCGGCCCGCUCUCCAGACCGACCCUCCCGCUCGCCAGACAGGCCGUCCCGCUCGCCGGAGAAGUCCGCCCGCUCGGCAGCGCCCUCUGAUGACGUGGAGACGUGCACUGUCUCCAUUCGCGGCAUGACGUGCGCCAGCUGUGUCAGCGCCAUCGAGAAACACAUGAACAAAAUUGAUGGCAUCCACUCGAUCCUGGUGGCGCUGCUGGCCGGUAAGGCGGAGGUGCAGUACGACCCGUCGGUGCUGCUCCCCUCUCAGGUCGCCGGCCACAUCUCGGACAUCGGCUUCCCAGCCGAGCUGCUGGAGAACCACAGUCCCGAGGGCACCGUCGAACUCGAGAUCCGCGGCAUGACGUGCGCCUCGUGCGUGCACUCGAUCGAGUCGAACCUGCUCCGUCAGCCGGGGGUGCUGUCGGCCACCGUGGCGCUGGCCACCGAGCGCGGUAAAAUCACAUUCGACCCCAGCAUCACCGGGCCGAGAGAUAUCAUCGGCACCAUCAAGAGUCUGGGUUUCUCGGCAGAGCUCCGUUCGGGCGACUCCCGUGGCUCCUCCUACCUGGAUCACCGCGCCGAGAUCGCCAAGUGGCGCAACUCGUUCCUGAUCUCGCUGUUUUUCGGCGUGCCCGCCAUGCUGAUCAUGGUGUUCUUCAUGCUGCGCAUGCGCCGUCUGGGCCACGAGAGCAUGUGCUGCGUGGUGCCCGGCCUGUCCAUGGAGAAUCUGCUCAUGUUCCUCCUCGCCACGCCCGUACAGUUUAUCGGCGGUCGUCAUUUUUACGUGGCGGCCAUCAAGUCGCUGCGCCACGGCGCCGCUUCCAUGGACGUCCUCAUCAUGUUGGCCACCACCGUCUCCUACCUGUACUCGGUGGCUGUCGUGGUCGCCGCCAUGGCCCUCCAGGAGUCGGCCAGUCCGAUGACGUUUUUCGACACGCCGCCCAUGCUGCUCGUGUUCGUAUCGCUCGGACGGUGGCUGGAGCAUAUCGCCAAGGGUAAGACGUCGGAGGCGCUGUCGAAGCUGAUCUCCCUCCAGCCGACCGAGGCGCUACUGGUCUCACUAGGCGACAACCGAGAGGUUCUGUCCGAGAAGAGCAUUGCCGUCGAGCUGGUCCACCGCGGAGACGUGCUCAAGGUGGUUCCUGGCGCCAAGGUGCCCGUGGACGGACGGGUGAUCGUGGGCAGCUCGCUCUGUGACGAGUCCCUCAUCACUGGAGAGUCCAUGCCAGUCGCCAAAAAGCCAGGCUCCCAGUUGAUCGGCGGCGCCAUCAACCAGAACGGCACGUUGCUGAUGGAGGUGACGCACGUGGGACAGGACACCACUCUGGCGCAGAUCGUCCAGCUGGUCGAGGAGGCGCAGACCAGCAAGGCGCCCAUCCAGCAGCUGGCGGAUAAGGUGGCAGGCUACUUCAUCCCUAUCGUGGUCUCUGUGUCUCUGACGACGCUGAUCGGCUGGACCAUCGCCGGAUACGUGGAUAUUCACUACAUCGAUCCGCAGUUCAAUGGCACCUCUGUUCACGGCGAGACUCGGGACGAGGUAAUAUUCCAGUUCUCGUUCCGUUUCGCUCUGACGGUGCUGGCGAUUGCCUGUCCGUGCGCCCUGGGUCUGGCCACCCCGACGGCUGUGAUGGUCGGCACGGGCGUGGGAGCGCUCAACGGAAUCCUGAUCAAAGGAGCCGAGGCACUGGAGAACGCCCACAAGGUGCGCUGUGUAGUGUUUGACAAGACUGGCACCAUCACCCGCGGUGUGCCGUCUCUCACCCACCUAGCCGUAUACACCGAGGAGGCCGUCUGCCCGCUGCCCAGAAUACUGGCACUGGUGGGGUCGGCAGAGGCAAGCAGCGAGCAUCCCAUAGCGCAUGCGGUGGUGCGUUACGUCAAGUCCACCCUGUCUGUGGACUCUGUCGGCUCGUGUGACGGCUUCCAGGCCGUCUCCGGGUUCGGCGUCAGCUGCGUCGUGUCCAGCGUUCAGGCCAUGGAGUCGGCGGGGUACAGGGCAGAGGCCAUCAGGAACCUGCUUAACCAGCGGCCGGCUGCAUCCACUGGUUACCAGUAUCCGCCGGCCAACAAGGCGCCUCUGACGCUGAACGAGGCUACGGUGGAGUUCCUACCGGAGGUGGGCGGCGGCCGGCCCCCUGCCGACGACCUAGUGGAUCUGGACGGGUCGCAGCAGCCGCAGAGACAGUACAAGGUUCUGAUCGGUAACCGCGAGUGGAUGAAGCAGAACGGCCUGGAUGUACCGAUGGCCGCCGACGCCGGGAUGCGCGCACAGGAGGAGCGCGGUCACACGGCCAUCCUGUGCGCCGUCGACGGCCGGCUGGUGGCCAUGCUUGCCGUGGCCGACACCGUCAAACCCGAGGCACACCUGGCCGUCUACACGCUGAAGAGGAUGGGUCUGGAGGUGAUCCUCCUGACGGGAGAUAACCAGAAGACGGCGGCGGCCAUCGCGCGCCAGGCCGGCAUCGCUCGCGUGUUCGCUGAGGUGCUGCCUUCGCACAAGGUGAAGAAGAUCCAGCAGCUGCAGUCGCUGGGUCAGCGGGUGGCCAUGGUCGGGGACGGUAUCAACGACUCACCGGCUCUGACCCAGGCCGAUGUCGGCAUCGCCAUCUCAUCGGGCACGGACGUGGCCGUCGAGGCGGCCAGCAUCGUGCUGAUGAGGAACGACCUUCUGGACGUGAUCGGAUGCCUGGACUUGUCGCGGAGAACCGUGAAGAGGAUACGAAUGAACUUUAUUUUCGCCAGCAUCUACAACCUCGUCGGCAUUCCGCUGGCGGCGGGCGUGUUCCGGCCCUGGGGCCUGGUGCUCCAGCCGUGGAUGGGGUCGGCUGCCAUGGCUCUCAGCUCCGUAUCUGUCGUCUGUUCGUCACUACUUCUCAAACUAUACCGUAAGCCGACCCGUGAGACGCUGGCGACGCUCGAAUACCUGAAGGCGAUGGAGGCUCGCUCAAUGGCGCACGACUCGUCGGACAGCGUGUCGGUCCACCGGGGUCUGGAGGAUAUCACCAUCAACAUGCCGAAACAGAACAGCAACAGCCUCAGCAGCAGGUCGGCCGGAGAGUCCGUGCUUACUGAGGACGAGGAGAGGCAGUUGCUGAGCAGCAGUGACGUUUAGCCGUCCCGCACUGACCUGACCUGACCAGAGCCGAUCGUGGAGCGGAGUCUGCUCAGUUUCCGGCGCAGCCACCAGCGGCUGGCCACGGAGGACUCGGAUGACGAGGCUACAGAGCUGCGGCCGUUCCAGUGACGGACACACAGCUGGAGUGAGUACCCUGUCCGGGCGGGACACGGCACUGCAGAGAAGUCACAAAUGCCUGAGAAUGGCCGGCUGAUGGGACUACACAGCUAUGCCAGGGCGAGACAGUGAAGUCACAAAGGCGCAAUACUGACCGCUGGAGUGAACUCGCGGCUCUGUCAGCCUGGACUAUAGGCGCUGUAUUACAAAGGAAGUCGCAAAGUUCAUAGACCUGGCACUGGAGUUAGUAUCCCACCCUGCUGGGGAGGACCCUGGACACUACAGAGGGAAGUCACAAAGGUCAGAGGACUUUGGCUGUCGCUGAGAGGAUGCAGUCUUUCCAGUGGAGAUGCUGUGUGGGCCCUAGAACUGCAGAGUAAGGCCCCGCACAGUGGAGACGUUGUUCAUCUCAGUGUGUCGCACUGGCAGGGUUUCGCCUGGUACUACACGAAACCCGGUCGUGAAAAUGAGCGGACGUUUGUGUGGGGAAGGACUUGGUUAAGUCGUAUGUUACGUGAAUUAUAUUGACGAGUCGGGACUCCAGUGACUGACUUGUGAUUGGUGUAUAUGUACAGUUUUGUGGCGUUUGGGACAGAGUUCAACAUAAAAAUAUCAAAGAGGGAUGCCCAGUUGCCAAAGUCUGUAACGCUCAGGGCAAUGCGUGUUAUGUUGUCUUGAUCAAAUUUAAGCUGGAAUGCAGAGGAAGAUAACGCUAUUGUGAACAUGAUUAUUUUGAGGGAUUUGAAGAGAUGCAUGAUAUUAUUUUAUAUGUGGCUCCGAGUUUAGUUUUGUCAGCGAAACAGUUGUGACGAGGCCAAGUAUGUGAAUCAGUACAUAUGCAGUAUGCUAGUUCUCUGCUGUGCGCGCGGUCUUAGGUGUCUGAUUGUCCGUAAGCGUCUGGUUUCUACAAACCUUCAGCUUUGAUUUAUUUUGUUAUGCAUCAACACAAACGCCACUGCCUGUCGUUAAUUUUCACUCAAACAUGAAGUCUUUUGUUGCGUUUGUUUUGUUCUCUCUUGUUAUACACUGUGGCUGUCUUUGCCUGCUGCCAGCAGUUUUACCUUAUGUCCUCAUAGUCAUGAGUACUUUGAAAACAUUUAUAACUACGUCACACCUUUUAACCCUGCGUGGUUCGGACUCUGCCGUUGCCAUUGCCAUUUUUGGUUUUACACACGGGUGUAUCAGCUCCUCUGGUGUAUGUAUGUGUUUGUGCUGUGACGUCCUGUGUCGGCGGACACAGCAGUUGUGUGUCUCGGGAGGGAGAUUUGUGUGCCACCGGGUGUGAUAGACGCUGCAAAAGCGUGUCGCCUUCGAAUCCGGGUUAUGAAAUACUGAAAUGAAAGAUGUAUAUGUCUGGUACGAAAGGGUAGUAAGAUGUUCUAAAUGUUGAUUAUAUGCUGUUGGCGAAUCUGUUUGUACUUGUUGGGUGGUUUGUGAUAGUUCAUGUCUUGUGAAAAGUGUUCGAUAUAUUUCGUGUCUGCGUUUUGCCGGACGCAAAGCGCCAGGUGUAUACAGGUAGGUAUGCCAUGUUAUAAUACCUACAUUUGUAACUUGAUAUCUGAUGGAAUCGUCAAGUUGUCUGGAUGAUUAAAAUACAUAACGUGAGCUACAUAUAGAGUUAUACAUAUUGUGAGUUACUGUACGAAGUACCGUUUCAAUAUCGCUAGUUUGAGUUUAGCUUGCCAUGCUACUUUUGGUUAACUUAUACCGUAGUGAGUGUAGGUGGCAUGGUUUUGUGUUGGUGAACGCAGCGGUCUUGUGUGCGCUGGGCGGACAGUGACUUGAUUAGUGCCUAAAUGUAUCUAACAUUACUUCAGUGUUCAAUAAAUGUGUUAAUUGCA